GUCUCUCCCGGGCACCGCGGCGGGGAACACGCUUGCUUCGGGCCCAACAGCGAGGUUGGUUCGGUGGGACGAGCGAGGAGGGACACGGGGUGGCAGCCACGCUUCUAUCUUCUCCUUCCUCCCAGCACCCUCCCUCUUCCUCCCCCUCCAUAGUUGUCCCGGUGGAGGGGUCGGGGCAGGCACCGCCUGGGGGGCGGAGCGGGGGUGUCAGUCAGCGCCGGCGGGAGAUGCGAAGGGGCUGAGCGGGAAGGCUGCUGGAGCUCCCUCACCGCCUGCCUUACUCCCUUACUUUCUGCCUCUCCCUUACUCUCCGCUUCGGUCCUUUCGCCGUCCGGUUCUCCCGGCUGCUCUCCCGAGGCCGCCCUGCGCCAUGUCCUUCCGCCAGAGGAGCCCGCACGGCGACGCGCAGAGCAGGCGGUCCCACAGUCCCCAGCCCCCGCCUCGCUGGUCCCAAGGAAGGAAACGCGGCGCAGAUGGGAAGCGGAGGAAGCAGAACGAAGGCGAUUUCCCCGUUUUUGAUGAAAACAGGCACAAGCCUUGUGACAGCAGGCUGGACAGUUUUACAACACCAGAAGGCCCUGGACCCCUUUCCCGGUGUUCAGACUGGGGAACUGCAGUGGAAGAAGAUGAAAUGAGGACCAGUGUUAAUAAAGAGAUUGCAAGGUAUAGAAGAAAACUCCUAAUAAAUGAAUUUUCAAGAGAAAGGAAGUCAUCCUCUGGAAGUUCUGAUUCAAAGGAGUCCACUGUCACAGUAGAACUUGAGACGGAUGAAGUGGUUUUGAUGAGAAGACAAAAACAGAUAAACUAUGGAAAAAACACAAUUGCAUAUGAUAGAUAUAUUAAAGAAGUUCCCAGGUGCCAUCGUGUACCAGGAGUGCAUCCCAGAACCCCAAAUAAAUUUAAGAAGUACAGCCGUAGGUCCUGGGACCAGCAAAUUAAGCUGUGGAAAGUUGCAUUGCAUUCCUGGGACCCACCUACUGAAGAAGGAUGUGAUCUACAAGAAAUUAGCCCUGUUGAUCUUGGUGAGAUGGAGACAGAGUCUGUCGGAAGCAAUUCCACUGAAUCUCAGACAAGCUGUCAAGAUAAUAAUGAUACCUGUUCUGGCACUCCUACCAAAGUUAGGCAUGUUGACUACCAAGCAGAAGGUGAAUUUGAUUUGGAAGUCUGUUUGAGUGAACCACUUAAAGAUUUUGAUACUGUGAGUUAAAUAGUCUCUUGCAAACAAUUCUAGGGGAAGUUACUUUUAAAUUUGAGACAGUAGCUUAAUUCAUGGACUGUUAAUAAUAAGAAAGCUUAAGCAAAGUUGAAGACUGUUCUCUGAGUUGUGGUUGGUCUGUAUAUCCUCUGGACCUCUGGAAAAUACAAUUAAGUUGUGUGACUUCUUUUUAAAUUCUAAUUUAUGUAUAUCAGAUAUUCUUAUAAAACCUUUCAGUAGAAAAAAUAGGCAAAGGCAGUAAAUCCUUAAGAAAUUAAAUAGUUCAGUAAGGUCCUACUGAUUUCCUCCCCCCCCCACACAUUAUAUUCCUAACUCCAAUUGUCCACCUGCAGAUUCAAGAGCAAAACAGAGGGAGUAUUUCUGAGCAUCUGUGUUACUUUGCUUUUCCACCUGGCUCUUCUGCAAAGAUCUGACUUAAAGUAACACACAUAGAGGAAGAACCACAUAGCUGAUUACUAAUACUAAACUUAUUUACUGUAGGAGGAACUGCCUUGCAUAAGAUACUAUUUGCAAAAAUGGUACAAAAACAAUUGGAAAUUAAAUACUCUCAAGAAACUGGAGAUCAGCAUGGUAAAGCCUACACAAUAACACUUUAAGAAGCAGUAGCUUGAAUUUGAAAUUUGUAAAUAGUCAUCAGUCAUUUGAUAAUACAGUCAAGAAAAGAAUGUCCAGGGAAAGUUGAUUGAUUCUUUUUAUUUGUUGAAUAAAAAUGUAAAC